CUUUUUCACACAAUCAAAAUGUUUUUGCUACAAUUAACGUGAGCAACAAUAAAAACUUGAGAACCAAAGUACUAAAAAUUCGCUAUAUAGACCCAACACAAACAAACAGAAUCACAUUUUUGUUGUGACAGAGAUUCAUCGUUUUCAAGAACACAAAAAAAAGUAUAGGAUCAUUAAUUAAUGUUUGUUGAAAAACAUGAAGUUCUGCAAAAAAUACCAGCAAUACAUGCAAGGCCAGGAGAAGAAGAAGCUUCCUGAAGUUGGAUUCAAGAAGCUCAAGAAGAUCUUGAAGAAGUGCCGUAGAGAUCAUUCUCACUCUCAUCCUCAAUCUCAAUCCCAUAUAGCUUCUCAAACCUGUCCCAACCAGUGCUCAGUGUGUGAUGGAACGUUUUUCCCUUCACUUCUGAGUGAAAUGUCUGAGAUAGUUGGUUGCUUUAAUCAACGUGCACAGAAAUUGCUUGAGCUUCAUCUUGCUUCUGGUUUCAAAAAGUACCUUUUAUGGUUCAAAGGCAAGUCUAAUAAAAAUCACACUGCUCUUAUUCAAGAAGGUGAAGAUCUUGUUACUUAUGCACUCAUCAACGCUACCGCAAUCCGAAAAAUUCUAAAGAAAUAUGAUAAGGUUCAUUAUUCGAAACAAGGGCAAUUGUUUAAGUCACAGGUCCAAAGUAUGCACAAGGAAAUUCUUCAAAGUCCAUGGCUUUGUGAGCUUAUGGCUUUCCACAUCAAUUUAAGAGAAACUAAGAUCAGUUCAAGGAAGGAAACAGCUUUGUUUGAUGAAUGUUCUCUAACAUUUAAGGAUGGAAAACCAUCACUUACUUGUGAGCUUUUUGAUUCUGUCAAAAUUGAUAUUGACUUGACUUGUUCUAUAUGCUUGGACACAGUGUUUGAUCCAGUUUCUCUGACUUGUGGUCAUAUAUUCUGUUACAUUUGUGCUUGCUCGGCUGCAUCGGUAUCUAUUGUCGAUGGGCUUAAGACCGCAGAUCCUAAAGAAAAAUGUCCUCUAUGCCGCGAGCGUGCGGCUUAUGAAGGCGCGGUGCAUUUGGAAGAACUAAAUAUUCUGUUAGGUCGGAGCUGCCAGGAAUAUUGGGAACAAAGGCUUCAAUCUGAGAGAGUAGAAAGGAUUAAGCAAAUAAAGGAACAUUGGGAUUCACAGUGUAGAGCUUUCAUGGGAGUUUAAGAAGAUCAUCAGUUUUAUUAGUUUCUUUAUUAUGGGCUGAAAAUAUGAAUACACAUUUGUUUGAGAUUGUAUGUGUUAUGCAUUUAAUGAUUAGUCUGUUUUCAAACUAUAUAUAUGGCUGUUAAUGGUAGUGUCUUUGUUCAAUAUGAGAAACAAAACUUGAUAUCUAUGACCUAUUUUCAAUGGUAGAUUUUUAAAGAGAGGAAAAUGAAUUACUGGAUUGAAUCUGAUGAAGGGUCAGAGACUUUGCAACCUUACUAUUUGGAGAAAUGGGUGGAAACAUAUAGGUUAGCCGGCUAAGAAUAUUAAAUGGGACUGAUGUCAAGGAGGCAGAAGCAUGAGUAUUCCUAUGUUCUCAAUCAAUGUAAUAUGAAUUGCCUCUGUAUUUGUUUCUCACUAUUUGCAGUUCUUACUUUGUUUCUGUUCUUGCAUAGACUUGAUCAACAUAAAAAUAUACAAUUUUUACUAUUUUUUGUUUA